AUGCUUUCAGAGAAGAAGGUUGAGAAAGCAGGCAUGAAGAUACACAGCAUUUUAUUCGGGUUACUUAUUCUGUGCUUCUUCCUUCCAUGUGCGUUGUUACAUAACCCGGGAAAAGUUAACGGAUUGCAGGUGAAUGGACAAGAAGCUAACGAGACUUACACUAUUGGCGAGAACACCAAAGUCAACGUGUCAUGUUCUGUUGUCAACGGGACACCACCAGAUACCGUCCGCCUGUUGGACAAAAGAGGACAGCAAUACAAUUCCACGAUACUCCCAGAAGGCUUAGUGACGAUGUCUCUAGGACCUUUCCACUGUCAGCACGAGUGGCCGACCAUCAGGUGUGAGGCGCCUGGCUCAAAACUAAACAGAUCUGUCACUAUCCUUAUCAAAUGUCCUCCUAAGUUUUCUGACAUCAAUGGCAAAGAUUUCAUAAGUGAUUCCUACCUGAAGUUCUGGAAAACCAUUCUCUUCCUCGGGUCUUCAUGUGUGCUCCUUGUUACCAUCUUCACUGCUGCAGUCAUCCUUUGUGUUUGUAAUAGAAGGCCAUUUGAUGAAAGUAGUGACUGCAUCACAGCUGCAGGGGAGGCUACAACUGAGCUACAGACACCUGUUGGGAAGAAUUCUGACGGCUUGGUGUACGGAGAACUGGACUUUUCAGACAAGAUAACAUCUGAUGUGAUCAUCGGGACCGUGCCGGAGACACAGUACUCAAACAUCCUCUUCACAGCUAAUGCAGAUACUUCUCAAUAGCAUCCUAUUACACUUUUCUCUUAUGCUCUAAAUGUUUGUAUUACUUUCUGCCUGAACUAAUCGUUUUAUUUAAUUUUUUCUGGAUAUUUGAUAACUCUAUUAUAUUGCGUUUCUUGCUCUAAAUAAAAAAUAAAAUUUAAAAAAAACAUUCAUUUUUGUGUUUAAAAACUGCGUUAAUUUUCUUUUCUCUCUGCUGACAGACAGUGUCAUGUCUUUGUUGUACUUUAAACAGCUGUGUGUCAGCAAUGAAAAUAAUAUUAUGUCUUGAAUAGUUGAGUUUUUGCAUGUACUUUGUCCCUAUGUGACUGACAAUUACCGGCUUAUUAGAACAUUAUACAAAUAUGAGAUAAGAUUUUGCCUAUGUC